ACACAGUGUAUUACGGUCACACAGCCGUGGCCCGUUAAAGCCGCACGGACACACACCGUCGUCGUCGUCGUCACCACCACCACCGGCGUGCAACGACUUGAGCAUAGAGUCAAGAUGGCGACCGAGGGUCAGUACGAGUCGAUCCUCUGUGUCAAACCCGAGGUCAACGUUUACCGAAUCCCACCGAGAGCAUCCAACCGGGCUAUCAGAGCGGCCGAUUGGAAGCUAGAUGCUCCUGACUGGACGGGACGUAUGCGUGUGACGGCCCUGGGCAAAGUGGCCUACGUGAAAUUGGAAGACAAAAUAUCUGGGGAGCUGUUUGCCCAAGCACCGCUGGAGGAGUACCCUGGCAUUGCGAUGGAAACAGUCAGUGACUCAAGCCGAUACUUUGUGCUCCGCAUCCAGGAUGACAAUGGCCGCAGUGCGUUCAUUGGCAUUGGAUUUGGAGACCGAGGCGAUGCCUUCGACUUCAAUGUUGCACUUCAAGACCACUUCAAGUGGGUAAAGCAGGAUGAUGAAUUUACAAAGCAGGCACAGGCUCCAGACAACACUCCUAAACUGGACCUUGGCUUCAAAGAAGGACAGACAAUUACUCUCAAUAUUGGGCAAUCAAAGAAGAAGGACAGGUCUCGUCCACAGAGCUCAGGUGGCUUCGGGCUCCUUCCUCCUCCUCCUGGGGGCAAGAUAGCCCCUCCCCCUUCAUCGAGAUCUACCAAUCAUAACACACAACCACCUGCUGGAGGAAGUGACACUGGAUUUUUACUUGACCUGGACUCCAGUAACUCCAACUCAGCAGCUCCAUCCAACCCUGCCACCACAGCCAGCUCUGACCUGUGGGGAGACUUUGACUCUGUAUCCCCAAAGUGAGGAGAGAUGCAUUUAGUUUUUCUCUCCCUCUUGUUUCUCAGUAAAUGUAUGCAGCUAUUUUUGCUCUUUAAUUUCCCCAUUAUGGGGUCCUGUAUCUCUCUCUGCCAAGCAGGGUAACAUCCUGAACUAGUUAGGUUAGAUUUAAUUCCCAUCCUUGUGGCUUUUUAUUCCUAGCCAGAGAUACACACACACAAACCUCGCAGUCAAGUCUUAAUUCAAACAAUUUAGAACAACUAUUUUUUCCCCUCUUGCUGGCUGUUAAUCCUCUCUAGCUCUCUGGUUUCUUUCUUUCUGUUUGAAUUCUGCCUUUGCCCUUUUUCUCCUCCUCUGUGUUUCAUUAGCACAUUUCUAAAGUAGACUACACAACAUAGACACAUGAUCAAAGGAGAGGAAUUCAGAAACAUCUGAUAAGGUAUAUCUAAAUAUAAUAACAAAUGCAUUUUAUGUACAGAGAAUAUUUAUUUUAAAUGUAUAUAAUAGUUGGUCAUUGUUGUGUACAUGUUGUCACCUGUACUGUAUUGUAGCUUAUCGCUCUCCAAGUCCCCAUCAGUGGGUCUGACAUUAUGCACUGACUGGCAGUGUAGUCUGUCUACAUAGUUAUUAAUGCAUAGAGUCUGCAUUUAAGGCAGGGAUUAUUCAAAUCUAAAACUCUGUCUGAAGUCAAGUUUACCACUGAAUGAUGAAGAAUCCUGUUAAGCUGUGGCUGAUUUGCAAUAUAGAUAUGUACAGUGCUCUCUACUGGGCUGUUUUGGAACUACCGCACUGUUAUUUUAGUGAGAUGUCAAAUUGGGGCCGUAGUUGUUGGAACGCAAUGUCUCUCUGGGAAUGGUUCCUUGGCAUCUUCACAUUGUUUCAACUGUAAAUCAGUACAAAUAGACAGGGAAGUAGGACGGUAGGAUCUUACAGUGUGCUAGCAGGAGAAAGUGCUUUUAUCUUGGUCUCAAAGGGAAACAGAGUAUUUAGUACAUGUUAUAUCAUCUCUACUCAGCACAGCUGUCAAAGCUGUGACUGGUGAGUCAUUUCGGUCAUGACCUCCGUCCUGCUCAAUGAAUUAGUCUGUGUAAGUGCACCAUCCAAUCAGUACAGGGAGAUACGAAAGCGAUUACGCUGUUUGUUUUUUUCUUAAUGCUGAUAUCUCAAGAUUUCAAGUUAAUAAUGUUGUCAUAACAAGAUAAAAUGAUAGUUAGAUUGCUAUCAUGAGAAAACAAAUAUUCUCAAAAGUUUAUUAGAGAUCAAGGGUGCAUGGAUAGCUUGUUGGCAGAUGUAACAACCGGUUUGAGUUGAGGGAGCGCCCAAUAUUUACCAACCUACCAAAUUGUAUUUUAAUCAAUUUGUAACUGAGGCAGAAAUUGUAUUGAGACUUAAUCACCACAUCAUCGGAAACUUCACUGGCAAGUGCACCAGACAAAAUAUUGGUGACACAAGACCUGAUCAAUAGAUAAGCUAUCAUGGAUUCAGCCUUAUGUACACUUGAGAUAAACUUGAUGAAUAAAACGUCAUUAAAAAAAAUGAUGCUUGGGGAUAAACAUUAACUAGUGAUCUCAAGAUACCGGCAUUGAAAACAUUAAUUUCAAUGGGGACCGAGCUUGGUGUCAGAAGAGGAUGAUCAGGUCGUAAACUUCAACUGGAGCAUGAUGUACUGUACAAACUAGUUCUAACUGUGAACCUAAUUCCGUGUUACGUUGUUUCUGGUAUUCUGACUCAGAGCCAUUCAACAUGAGACCAAGCUAUUCUGUGUUUGACGCAGUGUUUUGUUGUGAUAUUACGCUCUGAAAGGAGGGGGAUCAUGCUGCGUUGAUAUCACAUGCACGUAUGUUGUGAUGGACGACAGUGUGUGUGAUGAUAGAUAUUGUCUGGAUCAUCAUUUCUGUAACAUUUCAAGCCAAAAUGAUCAACUGGUUAAAAUGGUAAAAGUUGUUUCUUUUCUUCUUUGUUUAUGAUAUUUAAAAAAAAAAAAAAAAGUCCAAUUAAAAGACAUCACUUAGGGCUUUGAGAUAUUUCGAUGAUCCAUGUUCAAAUUUUCGACUGACAGUAAUUGUGUAACAGGGAUCAAUCAGCCAUGAAAUACAUUAAAAAGAUGGAGCCCUCGAAGACAGAAAUAGUGUGAGUGUAAAGCCUGAACAAUGUGUCAGUGUUUGUUUACAGUUUGAUUAUAUAUAUCCCUCCCAAAUGUUACUUGUUAUUCAAAAUGUAUAUGUGUAUGGAAAUGUAUAUGGUAAAUGAAUAUGCAAAGAAAAACAUAAAGAUAUCACUCCAUGA